AUGGCGACCACACUCACGCGAACCAUCUCUCAGAAGCGAAUCACUUCCGUCACGGCUUCCGCGUUCAACACUUCAUGCUCUGAUCCCGACGACCAACGAUUGAAAUCACCCAGAUUAUCCACAAUCACAACAACCAUGUCGUCGUCAACGCCAACCACACUUGUUGAUCCAGCCUCUGACUCAGUGGUCAGUGGUGAUCACAAUCUCACAUCUUUAUCAAUCAAAUACCAUGCUGAUCUAGAUCGAUUUUACGAAGAUUUUCGUUGCUUUUUAAUGGGUGAUGAUGAAGAUGGAUUGUUUUCAUCAUCCAACAAUUCUCCCAAAUCUAGUCGUGACACUGCUGGGAUGUCACCUCUUUCUCCAAGAAGGUCCAUUUCAUCGUCAGCAAACACAAUUCUAAAGAAGAAGAAGAAACAACUGGUUGAUUUUACAGAGAUUUGCAUUAGAAAGAGAAAUAUUUCUUCAGAGUUUUUAAUUGAUCUUGCAGUUAAGUUUCAUCAACAGAUCAUACCAAAAGACAACCGACACUUGCUCAAGUCUUUCAAAGACAGUUUUACGGGUCGUGAAGCUGUCACACUCGUGUGUCAAUUGAUAAAUGCCGAACGAAUAGUGAAUUCUCAUGAAGCUCUUCAAGGAAUUUCUUCUCAAGAAGAAGUCAGACUCCUCUCACAGUCUCUUUGUCACUUGAUGCUUCACUUUAGAUUUAUCUUUCACAUGACACACAAAAAACACUUCAAAGACUCUGGCUACUCUUUCUAUGGAUUAUGCAAGAAUUUAAAGAAAGCUCAAACAGAUUUUGUUUCCAAUUUUUCAAUCUCUCCAAAAAAGAACACAUCAAACGAGCAACAAGCAACAAGCAUUUCUUCCACUGCCACAUCUAUUGCUCCACUGACAAAGAGAAAAUCCUUUUGUUUAGGACUCACUCUCAACUUGAAGAAAUUGCAAGAGAACACGAAAGAAAGCAACACCAGCACAGUGGACAGUGACGAUGAAGAUUGUUGCGGCGGUGUCAUUGAUACUUCAAACGUUCAACCAUUCGUACAUUCAAAAAACACUUCUUUGACUCAUUCCAAUCGAUCAUCAGUGAGCUCUUCCACAGACACACCAAAAACACCCACAGGAAGUUUCUCUUCGAAGAAAAACAAACGAAACACUCUAAUGAUCCCCAAGUUAAAUUUGAAUCAUAUUCUUCACUUGAAUCACAACAACAACAACAACCAUGAUCCAACAUGUGACGAUCCCAAGUCUGAAGUGAUUGAAAUUAGUAAGCCAUUUGACUUGGAAUUUUCAAUUUUGCAGAGGAAAGAAAACAUUCCAGCAUCAUCUAACUCCACUACUGAUUCUUCCGAUGAGGAAAAUCACAAUGAUGAUCAUUCCUGUACGAAAGGAAUCAGCACCACCAAGAGGCCAUCACCUCAAAAAACCAGUUCUGCUGACAUGACAGCAGUGCCCUUAAAUACAAGGUCACGAAGAUCAUCACUUUCACAACUAUUAAGUGACAAUUAUAUGAGAGAACAAUUUAAAUUGUACUCACGAGAUGAACUCUCUUCAGAGAAUGUUAUUUUCUACGAAGAAGUUCUUAAAUUUUUGAAUUCGCUCUUUCUUUCUGAGGAAGAGCAACGAAAAGUUGCAGUGAAUCUUUAUGAAUUGUUUAUUCCAGCAACAUCAUUGUAUCAGUUGAAUCUUCCAAGCAAACUGAUAUUGAAAUUUAAUAAGGAAUAUGAAACUAACUUUGCUAACACUGCGAAUGUGGUGUUACUUUUCAAAGAGGCAUUAACUGAAACAGAACAUUCCAUGCAUGACACAUACAAGAGAUUUCAAUUCACAAAGGAAUAUCAACAAUACAAAUUGAGAAAGCUUUUACAUGAAAAGGAUGAAAGAAGUGAUGGUUUCAACACUUCAAGAUAUUAA